GAGCUUAGACGGAAGGAGAACGCUGCGGUUUGCUAAUUGCUUCGCCACUCCGAAAUUCCAAUUUUCUCCUCGCCCCCAUCUUCGACUCGACUCUAGAGAGAGAGUGAAAAAGGAAGAGAAAAUCGCAAUCUGCGUUGAAGGCCAUGUGGCGUUGUUGAUGUUUGCACUUGUAAUGGCUGAAUCUGAAUCCGACAUUAUUUUUCACCAAGGUUACAGCUACAAGGCCGAUCGUUUUUGUUCCCCGAUGAAGUGAGAGCUGCGUGUGAUUAGUUUCGCAUUCUUUGUCCGAUUCGAGUUUUUUCCCCUCCGAUUUCGAUUUCGCGUUGGUGCUUUGCUCCGCUGGUGAUUCUGAGGGAGCAGAAAAAAGAUGUUCAGCGGUGGUGAUGGUGGCGGGGGCGGAGGAAACGUCGCGGGCCCGCCACAGCAUCUUGACUGGAAAUUCUCUCAGGUAUUUGGUGAGCGUGCGGCCGGAGAAGAAGUUCAGGAAGUUGAUAUCAUCUCAGCAAUCGAGUUUGAUAAAACUGGUGACCAUCUUGCUACUGGUGAUCGUGGGGGUAGGGUUGUAUUAUUUGAAAGGACUGAUACUAAAGAGCAUGCUGGACGCCGAAGAGAAUUGGAGCGGAUGGACUAUCCAGUUAGUCGGCAUCCAGAGUUCCGGUACAAGACAGAAUUUCAAAGCCAUGAACCAGAGUUUGAUUAUCUCAAAAGUUUGGAGAUUGAGGAGAAAAUUAACAAGAUUCGAUGGUGCCAGGCAGCUAAUAGUGCGCUCUUUCUUCUGUCCACUAAUGAUAAAACAAUAAAAUUUUGGAAGGUGCUAGAAAAGAAAGUCAAGAAAAUUUCUGAAAUGAAUAUUGAGCCUUCCAGAUCCAUUGUAAAUGGCAGUGCUGCCAGCUCAAGUGUUUCUAUGACUCCAAAACCUCAUCUUACAAAUGGAGGCUAUCCUGAUAGACCUUACAAUUGCUUGAGCAAUGACUCAUCAUUUCCUGCCAGUGGCAUCUCUGCGCUUCGUAUACCUGUGGUAGUUACAAGCAAUGAGACCAGCCUUGUAGCGAGAUGCAGAAGAGUGUAUGCUCAUGCUCAUGACUAUCAUAUCAAUUCCAUCUCCAAUAACAGUGAUGGCGAAACAUUUAUAUCAGCUGAUGAUCUGCGAAUAAACCUUUGGAACUUGGAAAUAAGUAACCAAAGUUUCAAUAUUGUUGAUGUGAAACCAGCAAAUAUGGAAGAUCUAACAGAGGUUAUAACUUCGGCAGAGUUUCACCCAACCCACUGUAACACGUUAGCUUAUAGUAGUUCAAAAGGAUCAAUUCGUCUCAUUGAUUUACGACAAUCGGCAUUGUGUGAUUCACAUUCUAAAUUGUUUGAGGAGCAAGAGCCAGCUGGUUCAAGAUCCUUCUUCACUGAGAUAAUUGCUUCAAUUUCUGAUAUUAAAUUUGCAAGAGAUGGAAGAUACAUCCUCAGUCGUGAUUACAUGACUCUCAAGUUAUGGGACAUAAAUAUGGAUUCUGGGCCAGUUGCAACAUACCAGGUUCAUGAAUAUUUAAGACCAAAGCUAUGCGAUUUAUAUGAGAAUGAUUCAAUCUUUGAUAAAUUUGAAUGUUGCUUGAGCGGUGAUGGGCUGCGAGUCGCUACAGGGUCCUACAGCAAUCUGUUUCGUGUGUUUGGCUGUGCUGCGGGAAGCACUGAAGCGACUACACUGGAAGCAAGCAAAAACCCUAUGAGGAGACAAGCCCAGACCCCUUCAAGGCCUGCCAGAUCCCUUAGCAGUAUAACUCGUGUUGUUAGGAGAGGAGGAGAAAGUCCAGGUGUAGAUGCAAAUGGAAAUACAUUUGAUUUCACAACAAAAUUGCUCCAUCUUGCUUGGCACCCAUCUGAAAAUUCAAUUGCUUGUGCUGCUGCAAACAGCUUGUACAUGUAUUAUGCAUAAACCGAUGAUACAGGAAGGAAGGGAUGCAUUCAUUCUGAAUUAGCAUUUUUUGUGGUUGAUUAGAAGGCCAUCAUCGUCUAUGGCAGCAACUUGAGAGGCUCUACCAACUGACUGCUUCAUUGAUGUGGGGCCCCCCAUAAAUUGUAAGUUUGAACAUCAAGGUUCAGAAGUGGCUGAAGAAUCAAUGACAAAGAACCUUGCAUUGUUCCUCCUCGUCCCACCCGAUUUCUGUUCCACCCUUGUUCAAGGGAAAGUUGCAUUUAUGUUGUCAUUGUGGUGUGGGGAAGUGAGGAAGGAAUGUGAGUUGUACAUCUUGCUCAGGAGGAGCUGCUGCUGCUAACUUUUGCAAGGCGUCGGGUUGUUGACUUCUUUGGGAUAGAUUUAGCUUUUUGUAGGAUAAAUUUUAGUGUGGCAUUGUUAUAAAUUACCAGUUAAAAGUAUUUUUCUUUUCUAUAAUUUUAUUUUAUUUUUUAAAAAAAAUUCUGCAUAAAAGAAAAUUUAAAGGGGAUCUGACCUUUAGGUUACCUGUAUUUUACAUGAUCAUCAGACAUGAGUAAAGAGAUGUUGCUAAAAAGUUUUCGCUACUUGGGAUGUUGGAGCAAUACUUACAAACAGCUAUUUACUAA